AACACUUGACCACCGCGCCCCCGACUCUCUAGACACACAUACGUCGCCUCUGCCCACGACUCCUCCAAUAGUCCUGCAUCCACACACACACACACAAGCUACGCCACGAUGAGCGGCUGGGGCCUGGGUUGGUUUGGCGGCGGCCAGGCGAAGAAGGAGGCGCCCAAGAAGGCCAUCCUCCAGCUUCGCGGCCAGCUCGAGAUGCUGAACAAGAGGGAGAAGCAUCUGCAGAACCAGAUGGACGAGCAGGAUGCCUUGGCGCGCAAAUAUGUGACCAGCAACAAACAAGCUGCAAAGCUAGCGUUGCGGCGAAAGAAGCAGUUUGAGCACUCUCUCGAGCAGACGAGCUCGCAAAUCAUGACUCUGGAACAGCAAAUCUACUCGAUCGAGUCGGCGAAUAUCAACAAGGAGACGCUGGAUGCCAUGAAGAACGCCGGUUCCGCCAUGAAGCAGAUACACGCCGGCCUAACCAUUGAUAAGGUCGACAACGUCAUGGACGAGUUGCGCGAACAACACGCCAUCGGCGAAGAAAUCAGCGAGGCCAUCACCACGAGUGUUGCUCACAACGGUAUUGACGAAGACGAGCUGGACGCGGAGCUGGCGGAAAUACAACAAGAGAAGCUCGACGAGCAGAUGCUCAACACAGGCAGCGUGCCCAUCCACGACGCUCCUUCGAGCCAAAAACUACCACAGGCGCCCAAUACGAAUCCCAAGGCGCCACAGCGGGUCGAGGAAGACGACGAAGAGGAGGAGCUGCGGAAGCUGCAAGCAGAAAUGGCCAUGUAAGCUGCUGUGUUUGCAGAUAUAUCCCCAAGUACAGACACGGACAUGGCAAGCGGAGAUUGGUCUUCAGGCGUACGGCGAUGCGGUCAGAAGCGACAUUUUUGGGGCUUCAGCCACUUUUUCGUUUUUUCUUUCCUUAUAUGUAAUGGCGGCAUUUGGGCCUUCUUUGGAUCUCCAUAUCAAUAGCACUCAACCAAACUUGAAGCGAGGGUUGCGCGCAGCGAAGAGAAGGGGGGAGAUUGGGACAUUAUACCUUGCAAUACCAGACGCAUUCACCU